AAUACCAAAUACAAAUAUUAUAAAAUAAAAUGGUUGAUAAGAAAAUUCUUUUGCUUGGAUCAGGUUUCGUUGCUCCCCCUUGUGUCGAAUACCUCGUUCGUAAGCCCGAAAACAAGGUUACUAUUGCUUCCAGAAGACUCGAAAAUGCUCAAGCUUUAGCUUCCAAGUUCCCUGGUACUGUCGCUUGUUCUUGUGAUAUCACCAACGAAGAGGCUAUUGAAAAGUUGGUAGCCAAGCAUGAUGUUACCAUCAGUUUGAUUCCUUAUAUCUAUCACGCUUUGGUUAUCAAGGCUGCUGUCAAAUACAAGAAGCAUGUCAUCACUACUUCUUAUGUCUCUCCUGCCAUGAUGGAAUAUGAUCAAGCUGCCAAGGAUGCUGGUAUCACAGUUAUGAACGAGAUUGGUCUUGAUCCCGGAAUCGAUCAUCUUUACGCUGUUAAGACUAUUGAAGAAGUUCAUAGAGAUGGCGGCAAGCUUAAGGAAUUUAUUUCUUUCUGUGGUGGACUUCCCGCUCCUGAGGAUUCUAACAACCCAUUCGGUUACAAGUUCUCUUGGUCUGCUCGUGGUGUCCUUUUGGCUUUAAAGAAUACCGCAAAGUAUCUUGAAAAGGGUAAGGUAUAUGAAGUUUCUGGUACCGAUCUUAUGGAUUCCGCCAGAAAGCUUAAUACUGGUUAUCCUGGUUUCGCUUUUGUUGGUUAUGGUAACCGUGAUUCUACACCUUACGAUGUCCGUUACAACAUCCCUGAAGCUGAGACUAUUAUUCGUGGUACCAUGCGUUAUGACGGUUUCUGUCAAUUUGUCAAGGCACUUGUCAUUCUCGGUUUCUUGAGUGAGGAAGAGGAGGCUCAUUUUGCUGCUGACGCACAAGACAUCACCUGGAGUCAAGUGAUUGCUAAGACUGUCGGUAUUCAAGAUAACUCCCGCGAAGCUUUAGAGGCAGCCAUUAUUGCCAAGUGUGAUCUUGAAAACCAUGAACAAAAGGCCCAAAUUUUGGAUGGCAUGCGUUGGUUAGGAUUCUUCUCCGACAUUAAGGUACAUCGUCGUGGUUCUUUGCUCGAUACAUUCUGUGCUACACUCGAAGACAAGAUGCAAUAUGGAGAGAAUGAACGUGAUUUAGUCUUCUUACAACAUCGUUUCGAGAUUGAGCUCAAGGAUGGCUCUCAUCAAACUCGUACUUCCACUUUGGUCGAGUUUGGUAAGGUUGGUGGUUACUCUGCCAUGGCCAAGACUGUUGGUGUUCCUUGUGGUAUUGCUACCCAACUCGUUUUGGAUGGUAAGUUAACAGCUACCGGUGUUCUUGCCCCCAUGACCCAUGAAAUCAACGAACCUAUUAUCGAAUUGUUGGAACAAGAAGGUAUCGGCAUGGUUGAAUUAAUCUUGUAAAUAAAAUAUAUAUCUGCAUAAAACUUAUGCCGGAUCAUUGGGUAAAUAAUACAGCCGGUUUCCCCGCUUUUCCCAUUUUCUCUCUUUUCUUUUUUUAUUUAAAUUAAAAAACCUUUUUCUCUUCCUUUAAA